AGAAACACUUCCAUAAACAAGUCAUGCCUUUUGAAUUAAAUGUAUCUUCUAAUAUUUGGUUGUAUCGCCGGUGGCAUUGCAGGUCUUGUCUAUUCUAGUGAAAACUAUACCAAAGAUGCCAGAACAAGACUUGCUCAACGAGUUUCUUUCCUCGCUGACAGACCUUGCGGUGUCCAUGAAAUGCCUCGUAAAGUCACGGUGUAUAUUACUGCAUUACCUGGUGAUGGACUUGAAAGGAGUCGAACUUGGUUUCGUGAAUAUGUCAAGGUAAUACAAUUCGCCAACCCACCGACAAAAACUUGUAUAAAAAAAUAAACUGCUACUUUUUUUUGACCGUCGCAACCUAUUCUUGUUGCAGGUGCUGUCGAUUACG